AUGAUGAAGGUCAUAUCCGGGCCCGGGGGUGAAAGACAGUCCACGGCGUCCUUGAAGCUCGUCAACAAGGCUCUCGUUAGUAUGAUGAGUGCAGCAGCAGGUGGCUUGUGUGGAGUGUCUUGUGUUUAUUUUCGGGGCCGAGCAGAUUGGACCAUGAGUAGAUCUUCAACAUUAAGUGAUGAUGAUGGCUCUUACGUAAUGGUACAACAAUCACUGACUAGCAACCACCGGACAUCCAGGACUCCACGGAGAUGUGUGAAGGAUGAACCUCACUAA